UUUUGUUUUUAGCUGGUGUGUUGAUACGAUAGACGCCGUCGUCCCCCGUUGCCCGGAGAUAACAAAUUAACUGUUGCUAUGUGCACUCAAUUCACACUUGAAAUAAUUAUGGCUACACUGUGACAAUAGAUAAUGAUACUUGCGGAUGGCAGAGACUAAGGACUUAGCUCAUUAGAGCCACUCGGCAAACGGCCCGCAAUGCCUGGUGCCGUUAGUAUUUAAAUCCUGUGAUUGUCUAUUAAAUGUCUACAAUUCUACAUCAAUUCUGGAACAGCUGGUGAAACAUAUUGGGAUAAAAAUAUCUAGUCUGUGAUAGCCAGGCAUUUAUUAAAUGCUGAAAAUAUGUCAUACCGUCUUUCACAGGUGUACAUAAUAUUUUUUUUGCAAAGAAAUUUAAUGAUCGUGCAUGCAGAAGAGACGGCGACCAUAAAAAUGAGCGACAGAGUUUUUACGUGCAGCAAAUGGCUAUCUUCUAUUAUUGAUAAUUUAUGUAAUAAUGCUUAUAAAAUUGUGAAAAGGGACACUUCAGCUAUGUUGGAUAAGCUGUCACCGAAGGGCUUAAAGAGAAAAGAAAGAUAUAUCACAGACGAGAGGUGGAGGCGAGUGAAGCGACAGGUUGCUUCGGAGUGUUGCGAGAGGCCCUGCACUGUUCGCACCAUCAUCAUGUAUUGUCCCGACGACGCAAAACUGUUGACAGAAAACCCCGACAUAUUUAACUAAGAUACAAAGCUGUCUCACCUUCACCAUCACAGCCAAUGGACGUAUAUUACAUGACAUAAGUCGUAGAUCUUGUAGACUUUUUAUAUGGGGUGGAGGCGAGCGAAGCGACAGGUUGCUUCGGAGUGUUGCGAGAGGCCCUGCACUGUUCGCACCAUCAUCAUGUAUUGUCCCGACGACGCAAAACUGUUGACAGAAAACCCCGACAUAUUUAACUAAA